ACGUGCAAGCAAAAAAAGUCAAGAAGAAGCAAUUCCAUUCUCUCUCUCUCUCUCUCUCCGGAAUACGCUCGUCAUUUUAAUCAGACGGUUCAGAGAGAGAAGCAGGAGAGAGCCCAAAAAAAAAAUCUUUCAUCUUUCCCUCUCCUCUCACCAGAGAGAUAUCCAAUUGGACAUCGAUUCAAUCCAAAUUAGGGCGCGCAUCAAUAACCAUGAACGAGAAGGCCGGAGUCAGCAAAGAGCUCAAUGCCAAACACAGAAAGAUACUGGAAGGGCUUCUUAAAUUGCCAGAGAACAGGGAAUGUGCUGACUGCAAAUGCAAGGGUCCACGGUGGGCUAGUGUUAAUCUGGGCAUCUUCAUAUGCAUGCAAUGUUCUGGAAUCCACAGAAGUCUUGGAGUCCACAUAUCGAAGGUGAGAUCUGCUACCCUGGACACAUGGCUUCCUGAACAGGUUGCAUUUAUUCAGUCAAUGGGGAAUGAGAAGUCAAAUAGCUAUUGGGAAGCAGAGCUACCCCCUAAUUAUGAUAGAGUUGGGAUUGAGAAUUUCAUUCGUGCUAAGUAUGAAGAUAAAAGAUGGGUUCCUAAAGACAACACAAAGUCACCUGCUAGAGCUCUGGAAGACAAGGCUUCUGUGCAGCGGCAGAUACCUGAGGAUAGGAGUGGACAUGACCAUGGUAGCAAUUCUGAAAAUUCAUCCGAGGAAAGGAAAAAAAACUUUCAAGAACAUCGUACAAGGCACAGCAUUCCAGCUCCUACGAGGAUUAGUAUACCUGUACCCCCCAAAGGACCUGAACCAGUUACUCCACUGCCAAAGGCUCAACAGAUCACUGAGAAGAAAUCAGAACCAAUAGUAGCGCCUUCUGAAUCAACAAAGCAGGCAGUAGAAUGUAGUCCAGCUGUCUCUGCCUCGAAAGUUGAUUUUGCUACUGAUCUCUUCAACAUGCUUUCAAUGGAUGGUCCUAGUGUAAAUAGCUCAGAGGCUGCCUCUGCUGAUGACAAUGCAUGGGCAGGUUUCCAAUCGGCUGCUGAAGGUUCAGUAGCUGAUAAAACUGGCUCUACAGAACCAGAUGCUAAGAAGACGCAUUCUUCUUCUGGUAUUGAAGAUCUGUUUCAAGACUCCCCUUCUGUAGUUUCUGCAGUGUCAGAAAAGCCUAAAAAAGAUGCUAAAACUGAUAUUAUGAGCCUUUUUGAUAAGUCCAAUAUGGUGUCGCCAUUUGCUAUUCACCAACAGCAAAUUGCUAUGUUGCAACAGCAGCAGUCCCUUCUUAUGGCUGCUGCAGCUAAAUCAGGUGGCGUUUUGCCAAAUUUUGCUGGAAAUGCACAACCACCAGGGGUAAAUGGUACAACCUUACCCACCCCAAACUGGCCAAAUGUUGGUUUCCAGUUUCCUGGAAUGAUGACACCUGCUGCUGGAAAUAAUGAGCUACUGAAAUACAUGCAGCAGAUGGGAAACAUGGGAUCAACACUGCCAGUUGGGAGCUCUGUUCCAUUUCCAACAGCAAGCAUUUAUAAUAUGGGGCAAAAUGCUUCUACUAAUGGUGUGGCACCUGCCGGAACAAAUAAAACGCCUUCAGCAUCCCCCGUCUCAUCUUCUGGGGUUACACAGACUGGAAAAGAAUAUGAUUUCUCUUCAUUGACGCAAGGUUUUUUCUCAAAAUCCUGAGAUGAUGCUGCAACGAACUGUCAUAGUAGCAUGCUGACGGAAUCCAUUUACAGAAAGCUAGCAUUUCGAAGGUCCUUUCCAUGUGUACACUAUUUGUAUUUUGUAGAGGCGGCACUUUUCUGUUUUCCUUAUUCUUUUUUCUUCAUAUUUUCUUCACUCUCUUUCUCAAUACGGGCGGUGGAUUCAUUUGUAUGAGAUAGGUGGACUGGGUGGAGUAAUAAGUGAUUUUAGAUUCAUUGAUAACCAUUUUCCCGCUACGCUAUUUUGUUUUGGACGGCUUAUGGCUAUAGAGAAUAUGUGAAUUUGUACUGAGAUGAGAUAACCUGCUGUCUUUUUAAGUUAAA